UAUGCUUAUCAAGGUUAUUAAUGAACCAAAACAAGGUAAACCAAAUAACAUAGUAGAGAAACUAAUCAUAAAACAAACAAGAAUUAUACCAUAUUUACAAAAACUUAGAAACUGGUGUUUAUACCCAAAUGUACUCCAUUUUUUUAGUUCCAGAAACUUCAGACAUUAGAUUUCAAUGAAGAAUGAUAAUUAAUUUCUGUACUGUGACAUGUAGUGAAAGAUUAAAAACAUUUUUUUUUUUUUUUUUUUAGCAUUAAUUCAUUAUCACACAAUUAAAACUAAUAUCUUAUCAACAUACAUUUAAUAAUUUACUGCUACAACCUGUAAUGCCUCUAAGAAAUAAGAAUGAACAUUUAAGUUUCUACUUAAUUACUCGUAAUAGUUCAGAAAAAUAUCUUUUCAAAACCAAGCACUAACCGAUCAAUCAAACAGGUGACAUCAAUCUUCAAAUUCAGAAAAAUCAGUAACAAAAUUAGAAAAUUUAGAUAAAACAGAAAGUUGGUUAAUCAUCUUAUAAAGUUAUUCAUUCAACAGAAUUUGUCUUUUACAUCCAUUUAGUAAACUAAAUAAAUUUGGAACUAAUCUACUAAUAGUAACACUGUACAUCAAUUUAUUAACAGGUGAAAUAUUUGGAGCAUAUGACAAGAAGGGGUUAGAUGUAAACAUCACAAAUAAUACAUAAACAGCACAACAAUCACAAUACAUGUCUGAGAACACAUACCAUAUAAGUAUUUCAGUAAACAAAAUUAAAAACACAUAACAUAACUCACCCCAAUAUGUCGUGCAUUCCUCUAGUUUCUUAAGGACAUUAUGCAACCAAGCAGUAAAUCCAGCAGUGUGAGACCCGAGAAAUAUUGUCAAAUCGUUUUCCAUCUGUUCUCUUGAUUUCUUGUUGGCAAUCAACACCAUCACAUAAUCAGACUUGUAGACGGCCUUCGAUUGCGAUAUUUGCCGGGAGAAACCUUCGGCAAGUCGUUUCGUGUUGCAGCGUUCUAUCUACUGAAGGCGUGUCCUGUCUGGUCCCCACUCCAUCUAUAAUAUACUUCUGACAGAUGUUUAGAUAAACUAGAAGUAGAAUAUGCUGAAAAUAACAAAAGGUUUAAAGAAGAAAAAGAAAGGGAAAAAGAGCAAACACAAGGAGGACGAUCUUUUUGAUUCAGCAGAACUUGAAGAGUACAGGCGCCAACAACAGGAAAAGAAGAAAGAAAGCGGAGAAGGUAACCAAGAAGAAGAAACCACCAAUGCAGAAAGUGAAGAGUGGCUGAAAUUCAAAGCUUUAACUUCGGGCGUUGACGAUAUCCUAAAGAAAACUCAAGGAGACUUAGAUCGUAUUAAAUCAACAAGCUAUUUCCAAAAAAAGCCGCCGGGCCCCAGUCAACCGCCGAAAGAACCCCAACCUUCUACCACCGAGGGAAAAACAGUUAAAAAGAAUAAGUGGGUAGGCUUCGAAGAAGGGGGUGCAGCUAAAGAUGAUGAAUCACAAGAUGAAAAACAACCUGAAUCAAAUGAUAAAGACCAAGAACAACAUGAAGAGCACAUAGAGGAGGAAGAAGAAGAAAGUGAAUUCGAAGAUGACCAAGACGACAUAUUCGAUACCUCAUUCGUGGACGUUGUAGCAAGUGGUGAGGUCAAGCUUGCAUAUGUUCCAGACAGCCCUAUUGAAGCGUUAGCUGGUCCUGACCCCUUUGAUACCUCCAUCGUUGAUAAAGUUAUAAAACUUGAUCCAAAAGAGCAAAAAAGAAGUUUAGUAAACCUUGGUUGUGCAGUUGAAGUUCUCACUGGAAAGCUAGACAAAAGUCCCUGUAAAGAGACAACAGGUACUCCUCGAAAGAGGCCCCAGACACAAGAUCUUCUGUUGGGCAGCUUCGAUGAAGCUGACCUAAAACCAGUUGCAGCUGUCACUGAACCAGAACCCAAGUCUAUUCUUGACGAUGACCCAGUAUUCGAAGAAGAAACAAGUGCAGUAUUAGGAUUGCCACCAGUCACACCUGCAACGGAAAAUAAGUCUAUUUGCUCCGUUCAAAAACAGAAGUCUGCCGGAAAAAAUGUUGUAUUGAAAGAGUUGGUAGAAGAAUUUGUUCCCGCGCUAGGACUAACAGAUGAACAAAGUUCGAAACCUGAGGAAGACGAUUUGGAUGAUGAGUUCGCUAUUCUAGCUGCGGAAUCCUUGUCUAAAAAACCACCUCCUCCAAGACCACAACCACCUUUGGUGAAACCUGAGCUAGGCAACGCGGAAGUUGACGAAGUCGCGUUUAUUCAAGGUGACGACCCAUUUGACACUUCCUUCGCUUCCGAAAUCUUACCCGGAAAGUUCGAAUUAAAACUUAUAGAGAAGGAAAUACUUGAAAAAGAAAUUCCAAUAACUCUUAACUCUGUAGAAGAGAAAAUAAACACUGUUUUAAAAAAUUCCGAAACGAGUGUGAGAGUAGUUCAGAAUACCGUUCAAGAUCCUUUUGACAACCAACUAGAACCUCUGAGCUUGAAGCAUAGAGACUUACUCGGAGGAAGUACAACAGACUUAACGAAGAUAAACCAAUCUCCUAUUGCCCCGAAAAGUCUUAGUGAAGAACCUGAAUUCGAGAUUGGAGAUCCUUUCGAUACAUCAAUAGCCGACGUAUUUGUCGUACCAGGUAAAACUGAAUUGAAAGUGUUAGAAAAAGAACUCCUAGAAAAAAAUCAAUCCGUUUUUAAAGUCGAUGUUGAUAAUGAAUUCGAUCCUAGAGCUGAAGAGAGGUUUUCCGUGAAUAAACAACAUCCGCGUCCUGAUAAUUUAUCAUUUGGGAAACGCUCUUCAGUUCCAAAAGUUGUAGCGUUCGAUGUGGAAUGUCCUGAACAAGAAAGAGAUCUAUUAGCAGUAGGGCAAGAGGAAAAUAUCAAAAUCGGAAAACCUUUAACACCAUACUAUCCCACUCAAUCGAUUCAAGAUAUUAAAAAAUCAGAAGAUAAUGUCGACCCUUUCGACACCUCUCAUAUAACUAAUUGUCCUGGAAAACUAGAAUUGAAAAUAUUAGAGAAAGAGUUAGUAGACGAAGGAAAGCAGUUAAAGCACAGCCUUUCAGAUCCUGAUUUUGAUCCAAGAGGGAUUGAAAAUGCUACACCGCAGCCAGUGAACAAUACGAAAACAGAGCAGCCCGACAUUCUUUCUGAUGAAGUCAUUAUAGAUACUAAACUCCAUACUCCAGUGGCUCCAAAAAAAUUUUCAGAUGAACCACCAGUGCGAGAAGAAGAAAUAGAUCCAUUUGAUACGUCAAUAGCUAACUCUCUCAUACCAGGUAAAGCAGAAAUUAAAAUUUUAGAAAACGAACUCAUUCACAGUCAGGACACAACUCAAGUCGUCGCUGGAACUUCAAUACUCGAAAAGUUGCGGAGAGAUUCGGAGUCUUUCUCAUCUUUACGGAAACUUUCUAUUACAGAAGUUCUUGAACUCCCUCCAGAAGACACUUCUGUAAAGCCUUUAACUCCUAUAUUUCCAUCUUCUUCUUUGGAACAAGACGAAGACACCGAUCCUUUCGAUACUAGCGGAAUAGGAGAAAUCCUUCCCGGGAAAACAGAAAUAAAACUCUUGGAAUCUGAAUUAAUGCUAAAUUAAAUCAAAAAGAUGUCUAACCCAUUUUUAUUCACUGAAGAGGUUGGUACAACCCAACUUAGCAAUUCGAAUGCCAGCUUCAAUCCCUUUCUGGCCGGUAGUGAUGUUGUCAGUUCAGAAAAUGACAACCCAUUUAUGAGUUCUAUCGUUGGAUCACAAAAUGUGUUUGAAUCUUCUACUACAGCCACGAAUCCGUUUGCCCUUGGAACAGAUUCCACGGCAGAAUUAGACUUUUUUUCUACUCAAAACAAUUCUUUAGGGGAAACAUCUAUUAACUACGAAAACAUUUUUUCUAGCCAACCUCAGACAGAGUUGGAUCUAUUUUCACAAGUGCCUUCAGAAGAUCAAAAUCAACUAAUCCAAAAUGAUUUUAUGCCCUCAACAGAUACGUCGACAAAUUUAUUUGGUGGCUAUGAAAGUGGGUAUGAAGAAACUGAUAAGGGACCUCCUAGGAGACCUCCACCGCCUAGGCCUGGUCCACCCAAAGAAACUAAAGACCUCAUACUUAGUGUUACAGGUGCUAUGGAAGCUACAUCAUCCCAUCUUUUGGAUAGGCUGCAGGCAACUAGAACUCCAAGUCCAACGCCUAUGAGGGAUCUUCAUUCACCAAGUCCUACGCAAUUUGGCGACCUUUUGGAAGUAGACGAGCCAAGUGGAAUAACAGGACCAAAAUCUCAACCUCAAGAAGUGAACCUUCUAGGGGAUGACUUUGACUUCACUCCGGCGAAACAAGAAGAGCCAAUUACCAUGAAACGCCCAAGUAUUGGAGAUGGGACUAUGGUACCGAUAACUCCCGUUCCGCUCGAAAAUGAGCACAUCCCUCCGAUAGCACCAGUAGCGAAACCUGCAGUUCCACCAUCAAGACCAGCUCCUCCGUCGAUUCCAGAAAGACCUCGAGUCCCGCCGCAACCACCGAGACCCCAACCACCUAUUCCAAGCAGACCCAAAACACCAGAAAUAACACCAUCCGUUACACCACAACAAAUCGUUUCACCACCUCAGCCCGCAAGUGUUCAAGUAGAGUCAUCGCAAUCUCAACAGAUUGGCUUCGAUGAUGUCUUUGGAAUGAGGAUUCAAUCAGAAGAGGAGCCUACAGUUGUGACUCCAGAUGUUUCAAGAAGCAGUCCUGAUGUGACAGCAACUGCUACUUUGAUCUCAGGAGCAAUCCAUAAAAUACAAACAUCAGCAACAGAGGCAGAAUCCAUAAAAAUACAUGAAACUUCAGAAGAUCCUUUCAAAGAACCGGCAACAUUUGUUCAGGAAGUCAUUCCAACAACUGCAGCUCCUUUAUCACCACUUAUCACUAAUCUGCAGCCUAUUACACCUACUGCCCCACCUCCUACAGCUAAUGUAAUUAACGAGGAAGCAUCAGUCGAUAUUUUCGAUAUUGGCUUUACUGCAGCAGUUACUGCAACUCAACCAACAAUGAGUGACAACUUAUUUGAUGUAGAUCAAACUGAUUCUGCUUUCGGUAGUGAUUCUUCAAACCAACCAGUGACUAAUGAAUUCAGACAAGAAGAACCAAUAUCAUCAGCCCCAGAUUCACAACCAUUUAAUAUAUUUGAUGCUUUCGGCUCAAAUUCAUCUCAACUACCUCAACAAGCUAGACAAGACGAUUUUGACGCAUUUGCAGCUAAGUUUGAAAGUGCUGCGUUGAGUGAUGCAACAGUGAAAGCUGAUCCCUUUGAUCCAUUUAGUUCUAGUUUUCAGAAAGCAGCUGCACCUGCAGAAGAACCAAUGGGAUUCGGUGCAGAAGACAACUUUGACAGUUUCCUUUCAUUAAGGGAGCCGCCUCCGGUACCACAAGGAACGCCCGCAAGGAUAAGCCGAGGCGAAUCAGCUGAAUCUAAUGAAGAUAAUGAUUUCAAUAUUUUUAUCAAGCCAAAAGUAGGAGAAGAUAAAACAAUUAAUGAAAACCUCCCUUCGUUAGCUCCUCCACCUAAAAGUCCGAGCCAAACCAAUGCUUUCCAAGAUACCAGUCCAAGAUUCAAUCCAUUCGAUAAUACUCAAGAAGUGCCCUUCGCAGCAACAGAAAAUAUAUUUGCACAAGCUGUUUCAAACGAAGAACCUAGAAUAGGACGGACUGAUUCACAAGAAACUCCACCAACUCCGUUGUUUGACGAGGAUGUUUCUCAGCCAUUAGAAGAUUUUCCAAGAAUCCAUUAUGAUGGAUCAGGAUGGGAAAUGCAACUGAGGCAACCAAACAAGAAAAAAAUUACUGGACAAAGGUUUUGGAAGAAAAUAUUUAUCAAACUUGUAUGUCAGGGAGAGAGUCCAGUUUUACAAUUGUUUAACAGUAAAGAUGACAAAGACCCUUUCCAAGAACUGCCAUUACAGCCAUGUUAUUCAGUGUCAGAAAUUGGAGCCCAACAAUAUGACCAAUAUGGUAAAAUAUUCACUGUGAAAUUGCAGUUUAUAUUUUAUAAAGAACGCCCAGGAGUACGUCCCGGACAAGUGACAAAAGCGGAAAGAAUAACUAACAAAUUGAGCCAAUUCGCUGCUUAUGCAAUCCAAGGAGAUUAUCAAGGAGUGAAAGAAUUCGGCUCAGACUUGAAAAAAUUAGGUCUACCUGUAGAACAUGCACCGCAGAUUUCACAACUCUUUAAAAUUGGAUCACAAAAUUAUGAAGAUAUGAAGCAGUUUAGUAUGUGCGUUGAAGAAGCUCUAUUUAGGCUGACUGCUCAUAGGGAUCGUGCUCUCGUUUACAAAAUGGAAGAAGUUCAAAUCACCACUGUUGAUGAGCUGUAUGUUGAACAAAAUGCUAAUGGAGGAGUGGACAAACAAAUCGCUAGGGUCAGGCUAUUCUUUUUGGGUUUCCUUUCAGGAACUCCAGACGUAGAACUAGGAGUAAAUGACCUCGUAAGGCAGGGGAAAGAAGUAGUAGGUCGCCACGAUAUUAUACCAGUUGUAACUGAAGAAUGGAUAAGACUGGAAUCAGUAGAAUUUCACAGUUGUGUUCAGCAGGAUGAAUAUGAGAAAACAAGAACGAUAAGGUUUAAACCACCAGAUGCUUGUUACAUUGAGUUAAUGAGAUUCAGAAUAAGGCCACCAAGAAAUAGGGAACUUCCUCUCCAGCUCAAAGUUACAUUUUGUAUAACAGGAAAUAAGGUGGAAAUUCAUGGAGAUAUUUUAGUACCAGGAUUUUCAAGUAGAAAGCUAGGACAGAUUCCUUGCGAAGAUGUCAUGGUAAGGAUUCCUAUACCGGAGUGCUGGAUAUACCAAUUUCGAGUUGAAAAACACUUCCGCUACGGCUCAGUUAAAUCAGCUCAUAGAAGGACAGGAAAGGUAAAAGGCAUUGAAAGGUUUCUUGGAGCAGUGGAUAAUUUGGAGGCAUCUUUGAUGGAAGCUACAUCAGGAGUUGCAAAAUACGAACAUCAGCAUCGAUCUAUCGUUUGGAGAAUGCCUCGCUUGCCAAAAGAGGGACAAGGAGCGUAUACAACACAUAACUUAGUGGUGAGGUUGCAGCUUACCUCGUAUGAUCAGGUUCCCGACGAGUUGGCCAACUACGCUUAUGUUGAGUUCACAAUGCCAGCUACGACUGUCUCUCACACUACUGUCAGAUCUGUGUCCAUACAGAACAGCGACAGUGAUUCGCCGCCUGAGAAGUAUGUCCGUCACCUGUCCAGGCAUGAAUACAGAGUUGAAAUAGAGCACACUCAUGGAGAAGGGCCUGGAGACUACAUAGCAGCUACAGUUACAAAACCAGCACCAAUAACGGAAGAACCCCGCCCACAACCACAACCGGCGGCCCCACCUCCAGCAUCUGACAGUGAUUCCGACAGUGGAUAAGGAAUCAAUAAUUUAUUGAAGCAUUUUCUAUCAACUUCCUUUGUACAGUCGUAUUUUUGUAUUAUAAUAUUAUUGAUGACUACUUAUUAAGUCAGUUUUCAUGUGGCUAGACAAUAGAUUUAUCCAAUAUAAUUUACUAGAUAUAAGCAUAAAAGUUUAAAGUAUAAAUACAUUAAUUUACUAUUAGAUUAAGUAUGACUAUUCAUAAAUUAAAUAUUGGUAUCUGUUAAGUGAAGAUAAGUCAUUUUGUAUAAUUUUAAGGACUAUGAAACAGCAUACAAUCGCAGCAAGCAAUACUGAAAUAUUAAUUAGACUAUGGAAUUUUAUCUACUCUAUCAUAAAAAAAAAAAAUAAUUGAACAAAGUCGUUGCAACAAAAUGGCCUCAUAAAGAAUUUAAAAAUUUAUAUGGAUGUUACUAAAAUAAUUUUAAACUAUGGUAACACUUAAGCUUGGAUAAGAUAUGGAAAUUUCUGUUGGCUGCUAGAGAUGACAUUAAAGAAGAGAUACUAGUCCAUCUCUUAAUAAAAUGAAAAAGCAUUCUUCAACGGUUAUAGCCUGAGAUAUUAUAUAAAUAUUUAGAUAGCUUAAGAAUGUUUUUUUUUUUCUUUUAUCUACAAUUUAUUGGUAUACUGGGAAGUCAUUUAAGAUAUUUUCUUCGAAGAACUUUUAAAGAGUUGAUUUAUAGUAAGAGACUGGGUUUUUGUUCAAUAAAAUACUCAAAGUACAAGUUGAAUAAAAAUCCAUUACACUUAAAUAAUAAUGACUAAGUAACAUAAUAAAAUAAUAAUGACCAUCCCUAAUAAAUUUUUAAAGUUCUACAUGUACAUUAAUUACCAACUGUUUGUUCAAAGCUUAAAAAUACAUUCUUAGUUCAUAAUUGACUGAUAUCUUUUGUUUGUACAUUAUUAAAUAAUAUAAUAAUUCAAACUUAACUAAUUCAGAAAAUAUAGAUCUGCCUCUUUGACUAUUAAAUAAGGUCUUAUAUAAAUAACUUUUCCCACAUGUGGUACAAUAAAGGCAGUAGAAUAGUUUAUCAGUAAUUGAUGUCAUAGAUAAAGUCUGCUUUGUAUUGUGUAAAUUAUAAACAAGUUGUAAUAUGUAAUGUAUCGUUUAUUACUAAUUUUCCUCAGCUCUGAUAAAUAAACUACAUUGAACGCACAUUAAAAUACAAAUAUUCUGUCAAUAAAUGUCAUAAAUAUUUUAUAAAGUUAAAUAUUUUUAUGAGUCGUAAAUAAAAUUUCAACUUUAAUUUGAGCAUGAAAAUGUUGAAGAAAAGCUGGAUUGGUCAAACGAAAAGUGUAUAUUAAUUAUUUAUAUAUUAAAUAAUAUAUUCUUGUAACUUUAUUGAGUAAAUAAAAGAAAAAUAAGAACUGACAUAGCCCUAAACAGAUGGACAAUACAUGUACGUUUUCCUUUUAGAGAAAUAAUAGUCAGUACUGAACCUUGGAUUAGAACAGUCGACUUUAUUAUAGUAUAUAUUACUUAUUAAAUCAAGUUUACACAAUCUGGAUUGACCAAGUAUAUUUCUAGCAUUAAAACCAAAGGUAUAAUGAAAAGAGAAGAUUGCCAAGUUCUCCAGGGUUCCGUAUAAUUGUUUGCAUGAAAGAGCAACCCCUUGCAUAGAAUAGCUUUAUAAAUGUGUUAAUUUAAACAAGAAAAUGCUGGUUUUAGGGUUCACAAUGUUAGUUUUAAUUACUGACUUUUGUAUUAUAAAAUAUGGGAUCUAAGAUAGUUGAUAGAGUUAAUUGUGUUUAUAAUUAAACAAAUCCUAAGCUUAUGUAAGUAAAACUAUAAAAAUAAGUUUGAUAUUGUUUUAAUUUUUUACAAUGUAAAAGUUUUUAUGAUUGGUUGCCGCAUCUCACUAGCAAUAGGCGUACCAUUUGCAUUUCGUAUGAUAUUUAAUAUGGGCAAGAGCCGUAAUAUAAAAUUUUGUGCGCGCUUGACUGUCUUUGUAUAUAAGCAUUUUUUUCUAACUUGCUAAACGAGUGCCUCUUCCAAUCGCUUCCUUAUUAUAUUUAACCCGGUUGAACUGUUCUAUCUCGACACUCCAAUAAAAAAAUACAGGACGAUCCUUUUAGCAGAAACUGUAAUAGACUAGUCUGGAGGAUUGUAAGCUUCUUUAUAGUCUUCUUUCACAGCAAUAAUUUUUUCAAAGAUUCAUUUAAAAUUUUUAAGGACUCAUUUCUCCACUAAAAUGAUCCACAUCAAAUAAAUGUUCUAUUAAUCAGGCUGUAUUAAAGGUUUUUUUGACUAAAAUAAUAUUGUUCAAUCAUUAAUACUACAAGGGAUAUUUCAACUAUUAAGAUUGUAAGACCUUCAUGCAUGUUGGCUUAAAAGCAAUAACUGAGCAUUACUCAGUCCUUUCCAAAAAACUUUGUUAUCAACAUUUAAUAUUCAUAUUUAGUUUACAUAUUAAUUUUAAAUUUUGAUAUAGAAAUAACUAACAAGGAGCUACAGAUAAUACUUAAUAGUGGUUAUUAAGGUCCUCAAGUUGAGCAAGACCCCAAAUGUGGACAAUAAAUGGAAAAUUGUAUUCGCUUGCCCUAAAUGAAAUAAAUUAAAAUUGUUUCUGUAAAUAAUGAAAUAAAAUGUUUAAUUAAUAACUAUUCCUGACUUUAGUUUUCAGAAAUGCUUCUUGAAUUAUCAACCAUCUAGAAAAUUAUAUUAUACUUUAGAAUUAUGAAUAUAUCGUUUAUACAAUUAUAUAUAUAUAUUUUAUUUUUUUGGUUGGCUCUACAGACCUUGUAGAUCUUUGGCCACCUUCUUCACCUCUGCCUAUCUUGGGCUACUGCUUUCCAGUUUGCGGCAUGAAGCUCAGCCAUAUCUUUUUUUAUACUAUCUAUCCAUCUGGUUUUUGGCCUCCCACAUGGUCUCUUGUCUACUACUCUGGCAUUCAUUGUCAUGUAAAGGCCUGAUGGAUUGCCACGAGCUACAUGCCCAGCCCAUCUUAACCUCAUUGCCUUCAUGUCAUGAGAUAUUGACUGACCCGUUUCUUUCAGCAGUUCUUUAUUUUCCUUCUCCUCCAUGUGUCAAGGUUCCGGUCUCAUAGAGGUCCUGUUAUCCUACAUAGAACUUUUCUUUCAAAUUACAAUAAUAUAUAUACAUAUAAUUAAUAGUCAAUGGAUGCCACUAAUACAGCCUGUUUCAUAAACACCAAAAUAAAAUUCAUAAUUUCAUGUUAAUAAAGAAAUUUUUUAGAUCAGAUAAAUAUAUUGGACUCAUUAAGUUAAGAUUUUUUUUUUAAAUAAGUAAGAUAAUUAAUUUGAGAAAAUGAAGCAAUUCUACAAUUACAAUUCUUACAAACCACAUGUGUAUAAGAUCUGUUAUAAUUUUUUUUUUUAUUAUUCUUACAAUGAUUGCAGGCAUUAUACCUACAAUCAUGCAUCUCACUAAGAGCCCAUUAUGUUGUUUCAUAAAUGUAUCAUCAAGAUCUGAUAAAAUAAUGAAUGUAAUAAAUGUUUUAUGGACAAUUUUUGGGUAAUCUUCUUUUUCUUCCUUCUGACCCACUGAUCUUGACCUAAGAAUCUGUAUUUUAGAUGAUAUUAAAGUACAAUUUUUCUCUGAAAAGAUGCCAUAAAGCUAAAAGUUACCUCCUUUAUGCAAAAAAAGAGGUUUUUUAAAUGUUUAAAUAAUAAAUAGAUUUGUAAGUGUAGAAUUAAGUUUGUAAACCACAAAAGUAUUACAAGGUUGUAUUCCCUUCAAAUACACAUUGACCUUAACCGACUGUACAUAUCUAGGAUAAAUCAAGAAGUUGUUAUUAUUUUAGGUUUACCUGCAUUAGGUUAAAUUUUAGUUAUCUGUAUAUUAGUUAUUUUCUUCAAAUUUGUACAUUUGUUUGUUGUUGAUGAUGAUAUCAAAGACUAUAUUUGUUAUUAUAUAAAUACCAAUGUAGAAGACCUUAUUUUAUAUAUAGUGAGAAAUUAUUUUCCUAGAAUGUAAGUGUAUCAAAGAAAGUGAACAUGUAAAUAUGUGGAAUGGAGUCAUGAUUAUAUUAUGAAAAAUCAAUGGUAUUACAAUCUUUUGUAUAUAUAUAUCACAAUACAUAUAACCAACACAGGAUGUGCAGACAGCAGAUAAAUUUUGCAAUAAACUAUAUAGUUUCAAAUACUUUCCUAGAUGCCUACAAAUGUUACAUUUUGUGCUAAUGGGUCUCUAAUUUAAGGAUAUUAUAGUUAUUAGCAAACAGAAAAGAAUAUAUAUAUAUAUAUAAAUAUGAAUGAAUGUAUGUUAGUUAUUAAGUUAUAAUCUUAGCUGUGUAUGUUAAUUUAAGAAAUACAAAAAAAAAAAAAAGGAAAAGGAAAGAAUGAAGAAGAAGAAGAAAAUAAAGAUGGAAGUGAGAAAAUUAUAUCUUUUAUUUGAAGCAAAAAUAUAUCACUCAAAAUAUAUUUCCAUUACAACCUGGCAAAUGAGUAUUAUAUAUUUUAUGGCUAGAAAAAUGUAUGAAAUUGUAAUUAAUAAAAGCAAAAUUUAUUGUGAAUAUAGACAUAUUUAUUUAUUUUACUUCCACAACAGGCAUGCUCCACUUCAUUGUAACAUAUGCCACAAGGAAGGGCUCCACAUACUGAGGAAGGUGGAAAAUAAAUAAAUAUAAGUAGUGAAGGCAGGGGUGCCCAUCCCCCUCCCCUCAAGAUUGAUAGCGCAAGAAUCCCUCCCUCAGGAUAUUCACCUUUUCUUAAAAAUAGAGCAAGCUAAGGUAGAAUUAGAAAAAUUAUAUUUCAUACACAAUUACACUUGCUGCGGUCUGUUUUCCCAUGUUUUUCUCUUGUUCCUUAGUAUGAAACUUUUCAUUCCGAAAACCCUGCCAAAAUGUGCCCCCCUCGAAAAUUCAA